AUGCAUAACAAAGUUGUCAUCAUCGGCUCUGGGCCGGCCGCCCACACAGCCGCCAUAUAUCUGGCACGCGCCGAGCUGAAACCCGUCCUCUAUGAGGGUUUCAUGGCAAACGGAAUUGCCGCCGGUGGCCAGCUGACUACCACGACUGAUGUGGAGAACUUUCCAGGUUUCCCAAAGGGCAUCAUGGGCUCCGAGCUGAUGGACUCCAUGAGGGCACAAUCCGAACGAUUUGGCACUCAAAUCAUAUCCGAAACCGUCGCAAAGCUUGAUCUCUCCUCGCGUCCCUUCAAGUACGAGACGGAAUGGGCACCGGGAACCACACACACGGCCGAUACUAUCAUUCUCGCCACAGGAGCUACUGCUCGUCGCCUGGGACUCACCGGUGAGGACAAGUACUGGCAAAAUGGCAUCAGCGCCUGCGCCGUGUGCGACGGAGCUGUGCCUAUUUACCGGAACAAGCCCUUGGUCGUUAUCGGUGGUGGGGACAGCGCUGCCGAAGAGGCAACCUUCCUCACCAAAUACGGCAGCCACGUCACGGUUUUGGUGCGAAGGGACCAGUUGAGGGCCAGCAGCAUCAUGGCCCAGCGAUUGUUGAGCCACCCCAAGGUUACGGUUCGAUUCAACACCCAGGGUGUUGAGGUCAAGGGUGACGACAAGGGCUUGAUGAGCCACAUGGUGAUCAAGGACACUGUCACGGGCAAGGAAGAGACCAUUGAGGCAAAUGGUCUUUUUUACGCCGUCGGCCACGACCCGGCCACAAGCCUGGUAAAGGGUCAAUUGGAGACCGACUCUGAGGGUUAUAUCGUGACACAACCAGGCACACCCCUGACCAACAUUGAGGGUGUGUUUGCUGCUGGUGAUGUGCAGGACAAGAAGUAUAGACAGGCUAUUACCAGCGCCGGCUCUGGCUGCAUGGCUGCGAUGGAUGCUGAGAAAUUCCUGGCAGAGCAUGAAGAUGAUGGACGUGAGGGUGCCGCCGACGGUAAGCAAUGA